AUGGUGAACAUUUUUGCAGUGUACAAGCCGUUGUUACGUUGGCUAAUGAAGCUAGUCGGGAUGAGACCCCAAACAGUGGAAAUCGAGCCAGGAACUGUAAUGAAUUUCUGGGUCCCUAAUGAAACUCCAAACAAAUCCAAAAACAGCAAUAAUAAUAAAGCUGUUGUAUUCAUUCAUGGGUUUGCAGCUGAUGGUAUUAUAACGUGGCAGUCCCAAGUGUUAGCUCUAGCAAGAAAGUACAAAGUUUAUGUGCCUGAUUUACUCUUCUUUGGCGGUUCAAUCACUGACAGAUCAGAGCGGUCACUGGAGUUUCAAGCUGAGUGUGUGGCAAAGGGUCUCAAGAAACUAGGUGUGGAGAGGUGCACCUUGGUGGGGUUGAGCUAUGGUGGGAUGGUUGGGUUCAAGAUGGCUGAGUUGUACCCGGACUUGGUUGAGUCUAUAGUGCUCACUUGCUCUGCCAUGGCCUUGACCAAGUCCAUCAGUGAUGCAGCCCUUGAGAGGAUUGGGUUCAAGUCCUGGUCUGAUUAUUUGCUUCCAGAUACUGUCCAAGGUGUGAAAGUACUUUUUGACAUUGCCACCUUCAAGUUGCCUAGAAUCCCUAAUUUCAUUUACAAACAUUAUUUGGAGAUAAUGUUUGACAACAGAGAGCAAAGAGAAGAAUUACUCAAGGCUUUAGUCAUUGAUGAUAAGGACUUUACCAUUCCUCAUCAUCCUCAGCGGGUACAGCUUCUGUGGGGAGAGAACGACAUCAUUUUCAACAUGGAAGUUGUUAACAAUUUGAUGAGGCAAUUGGGAGACAGAGCAACACUGCAAUAUAUAGAGAAAGCAGGUCACCUUGUUGAGGCUGAACGACCAUGCGUCUACAACAAGCAUCUCAAAGAAAUUCUCACCACUUUAUUCGAAAAUGGGCACCAAAAACAACGAAACUUAUAGUUAGUUUGUCCUCCUUCGUAGAAUGCUCCUAUUGGUCAGAGCUAAAUAUAUAUACUUCUAGUAAUUUUUGUUCCUAUUGCAAAUCAAAAUGUUUUCAAACAUUUUGACUA